AUGAAGUCCCCCGUUCUCUCCCUGGCCCUCGCUGCCAAUCUUGCUGCUGCCAACCCUGUCCAGCCCCGCCAAGCUUCUGACGCUCCCGCCUUCACCCAAGCUGCUGAUGCUCUCAUCUCCCAGUACAUCCCCGAGUCUCAGUGGGACUCUUUGACCUCGGCCUUUGGCUCCGCUGCCAGCGCGGCUGGGGUCACAGGGGACGUCCGGUCCUACGUCUACUCGGUCCUCAAGGCCACCAGCACCCCGACCUGGUUCCUUGCCGCCAUCCCUACCGCCUAUGUCAGCCAGUAUGCCGCUCUGGAAUCGGCAAUUGAGAGCCUCCGUCCUACCGCCGUCGUCGGUACUGCCGUGCCCACUGUCAUUGCCGUCACCACCACCGACAGCGAGGGUAACACCAUCACCACCAGCAUAUCUGCUACCGUUACGCCGAUCCCCACUGUCAUCACCACCGACUUGCUUCCCUCACUCUCCCCCAGUGUCGUUACCGGCACCGACUCCGCCGGCAGCGCUUUUACCUCAACUGUCCUGAACACCAGCGAGGAGGCUGACACCACCGCUACCGCGACUACUACCGAGACUGUCGCCACCGAGACCGAGACCGCCACUGGCGAAGCCUCUGCAACGGGGUCCGAUGAGGCUACCGGGUCUGGUGAGGCUACCGGAUCCGAUGCCUCUGGUACCGCCCCGGCCGCCACCAACGCCCCUAAUGCUGCCCCGACUGCUAUGGUCAACGGCUUCGCCGGCGUUGCCGCCAUCAUCGGCCUUGUCAUGGCCCUUUAG